UCUGCACUAGGCUGCCUCAGCCUGGAACUCAUGAGGGACCUGGCUCUAGGCUCCAGAUGACACUGAGACCUCGUUAUAUGAACUCCUGCCAUGAACCGAAAGAAGCUGCAGAAGUUGACGGACACCUUAACCAAAAGUUGCAAGCAUUUUAAUAAAUCUGAAGUGAACUGCCUUAUAACGCUUUUCUAUAACUUGGUGGGAGAAGUGGCAGAAAGGCCAGGGGUAGUCAUUGGACUAGAUCGUAAUGCAUUUCGGAACAUCCUGCAUGUGACAUUUGGAAUGACAGAUGACAUGAUUAUGGACAGAGUAUUUCGAGGUUUUGAUAGAGAUAAUGAUGGCUGUGUAAGUGUAUCUGAGUGGAUUCAUGGAUUAUCACUGUUUCUUCGAGGGACUUUAGAAGAAAAAAUGAAAUAUUGCUUUGAAGUGUUUGAUCUGAAUGGGGAUGGCUUCGUUUCAAAGGAGGAGAUGUUCCACAUGCUGAAGAACAGUCUUCUCAAGCAGCCCUCUGAAGAAGACCCUGAUGAAGGGAUCAAAGAUUUGGUUGAAAUUACGCUUAAGAAAAUGGACCAAGACCAUGAUGGGAAGCUGUCCUUUGCAGACUAUGAGAAAGCCGUGAGAGAAGAGACUCUCCUGCUGGAAGCCUUUGGGCCAUGCCUGCCUGAUCCAAAGAGCCAGAUGGAAUUUGAAGCCCAGGUAUUCAAAGACCCGCAUGAUUUCCAUGAUAUAUGAUUUCCUAAAUGUAUUGAUUUGAGUAAGUACAGAAGGAGCCACUUGAAGUUCAUCUGUUCUUCUCGGCCCAGGAGAUGCUGUGGGGAGAUUCACAUCAUUUGUGUGUGUUUUAGUUCAGGCCUUCUUCAGACACACUGGGUUUGGCAACACAUGUUGACACUGCAAAAACUAUUUUUACCACAUGAACUCUGUUAAGACACAUACCUGCCAUAAACCUCCAGAUUAAUCAAAGCAAUGAACAAUUUAUAUAGACAUCACUUAUGGAUACAAAUAAGACUAUUUGUAUGUCAAAAACAGUUUGAGUGUACACUAAACUAUUGUUGAAACUACAGAGUUUCCUUCAUAGCAAUAACUGACAAGGAUGAUACUCAGAGACUAAGAACAUGGCAGGCACUAGAGGCUACAGUAACACGAAGGUCAGGGGAGCCUGUCUAUUGUGCUUUCUUCUAUGAGGCUUUACUUCAUCAGCUAAUAGGCAUUGGAGGGCAAAGAUUUUGUCAUACACACCAUCAUGGCCACCACAGCAGUUAGCGUUUUGCAUGUAAUGGGCCCUCAAUAAAUACUUCAGAUUGGAUUAGAAACCAGUAAAGUUCCAUAUGAUUACUUCUUGUUCAUGAGCAGAGAGGUCUUCUCUGUUGAUGGGCCCAGCUUUCAGCUAAUUUCUGGAUGAGCAGAGACGUCUGAGCUCUCCACGGGCCCAGCUUUCAAUCAGUCUCUAGAGGCACAUUCAGCUCCUUCAGACGCCAGGGCCCUCUCUGCUAUGACGUCCAGGGUCACACCACGCUAGCCUGGCUGUAGUCCCUUUACCACCUCCGUAUGUAAUGUAGUGACAUGGUUGAACACUGCCUGGAUUUCCAGUGCAUAACCCACAGGGAUCAUGUCAUAUUAUAUUCUAAUGGUAUAUACGUGUAUCCUGCCAGCUAUGGAAUCUCGAAAGUUCCUGUGGGGACGGUGGCCAUCGUGUGGUACUAAAAGAACUCUCUUCCCCAGGUCUCCUAAGCUCCUUAUACCCCUUGAGACUCACAGGAAAGCAACUAAGGGGACUGACAAUGUGGUACCCUACCCCUGAAGCAUACAAGCUCUAGAUAAUAUGUCAAAAAGCAAGUCCCCUUUCCUGUUAUAUAUGUGUUACAUUUGUGCAAAGGUUAUAUUGUAUACAGAAAUUGACUAUUCCUAAUCAGUAAAAUAAGUAAUCAACCAUGCUGAUAUAUGGGGCUUUACAUGAGUAUUCUUUCUAUGAAAGUUAUAAAUAAUAAAGCACAAUGAUCUUUGUAUUUCUAUCAUCAUUCAUCAUUGGGAAAUGUCAGCCAAAAUGAUGUGUAAUUAAGGUGUACAUAAUGUGUAUACGUGUAUUCGACUAAACAAUUAUUACUUAAAGUUUAGUAGGAUACCUGUCAACACACAUUUCUCUAGCCUAGUGCAGUCUGCCCUUGUGGUAAGUUUCAGGCACAUUGACUGUAUCUUCUGUUGAAUUACUGAAAUCCAGUACACCUAACACCUCCUCCUUUCCACUUAUUGAUGGUCACAGCUACUCAUCAACCCACUUUCUGCUGCUGUGAGAUUCUCGGCUUUAAGUUCACAUAAAGAUGAGGUUCUAUAGCACUCAUUUCCCCCUGUGUGGGGCAUGUUGUGCUUUUGUAGUGUCCAGCUUAUCCACAGUAUUGCAAAUUAUAUGAAAUCCUAUCUUAAAGGCUAACAUUUCACUUCGAAUAUAUAUGAGAUACAUGUAUGGAGAUCAUGAUGGCAUCGUCCUUUUCUGUUUGUCUAAUGGCAGACAGUUUACUGUACCAUGAGAACGCUGUGAAAUGAACGAAAGAUCCUAGCGUCUCUCUGAGUGAUAGACUGAAUUUCAUUCGGUAGCUCUGUUUCCACUUCGCUUCCCUCUUUCAUGAUGGCUAUCCUAAUGUACACAUCCACCAGUGCUGUGAGGGUUCUUUUUUCCAUAAACCAUGAGCAUAAUUUUGUUAGUUUUGUAUGUCCUUCUACCAUUAGACACUAAAAUUCCCUGGAGUGUAGCAACACUGAGCUUUUCAUGUAUAUAUAAUUGUUGGCCGUUUGUAUAGAUUUGCAAAGCACAAAGCUGGGGCCUUUGUUCAGUUUGCACUGCAUCUUUCUGUGCAAUUGUGGUUCACUGAAAAAAAAA